AUGGUGCGGAUUGGUGGGACGAGAAGAAAGGCGGAGGAUGAGGAGGAUGAGGAUGAGGAUGAGGAGGAUGAGGAGCAGGAGGAGCAGGAGGAGCAGCAGUAUGUAUUCUGGCACUCGGAGACAGAUUCCGCCAGCGGAGAGCUGAGACUGGUGGCCCAAAAGUGCAAGGGACCCAGGUUGAUCAUCCACGUGGGGCCGCACCAGACGGGCACAGCGUCCCUCCAGACCUUCUUAGUAGAAAAAGCCUCCUGGCUGGAAAGUGAGUACGGCAUCUCCGUGGGCCUCUCAAAAGCACAGGCAGGCCAUGAGAUGGCUCAGCUCAUCCAGGCCGAGGUUGGCGAGAGGACGGAAGGCUGUUCUCACAUAAGUAUGAAGAAGCGACCGAACAGGCUGGCUGAAGCCUUGAAAGAGGUAAACUCAGUUCUGGAGCAGUCCGCGAAGGUCAUUCUGUCCUCGGAAGAUUUCAGCUGUUUCCGAGAUAAGCACUGGAAGUAUUUAUUUUCGCGCCUGAAUGUGGACGAUUCCUGUCGUACUGCUGUCGUGGCUCACAGGGAGGCAAUCACGUGGCUGACUUCCUGGUGGUUGGAGAUGAGCAAGCAAACAUCGGAACCAUUGAGCUGGAUGUCCUGGGUGUCAGAUUUCGCAGGCAAACGACAGGGAGACGCUCACGGAGACACCGACCCACAGUUGCAGCUCCUGAACGGGCUGGAAGAUGCCUUUCCCGAAGCUGUGGAGGCGGUGUCCUACGACUAUCUGCAAGAGGUGAAUUGCAGCAUGGCGGCCUAUAUCGUUUGCAAUGUCACUCUUCGUAGGUCAGGCCCCUCCUGGACAAAGUGCAAGAGCAAGGUCAACCGCAAGACAUCCGUCUCGCACAAUGAGUCUCCUCCACACGCGGCCGUCGACGUAGUCGACCUUGCCCGGGAGCUCUACCAAGCAAAGCAGGUUUUGAAGGCGAGCGAAUGUGUUGUUCCCUGGGCCAAGUUUGCCAAGAAUGCACCGGUAGAUCUGGUUCCCAGUGCCGAAGCAGUGAUCGAUGUCGCAAAGCUGCUGCCGAAAGACUGCCAGAGUCAUUUUGGAUUAUUCGUGUCAGAGACAGAUGACUGGUUUUCGCGUACGGGUGCGCAGAGGCCGAGCUCGCAACCCAAGCUUCAGUGCCGCGUUGAUCGCAGGAAGUUGAAAGCACCACACUGGCGAGUGAUCAAUGCACUCUUGCCUGAUUGCAAGUGA